AGAAGAGUGAAGACGGUGAUAUUUAAAAAAGUAAACAUUUCACAUUCUCAUCAUCAUCAACAACAUCAAACUAAGAACUGAUCCGUUGGAAAUGGCCAAAGACACGAUAUACGACGCGGCUCACAAAGGCGACUACGAUUUCCUCACCCAAAAAAUCCAAGGCGACCCCGACCUGAUAGAAACCCCCGACUCGUCCAAACGGUUGCUCAUCCACUGGGCCGUGCUCAGCGGCAACUACAAGCUGGUGCACCACCUAAUCGAGUGCGGAUCCCCCGUAAACCCCGAAGACGACUGCAGCAACACCCCGUUGUUGCUCGCCUGCUCCGCCGGCCACCUGGAAAUCGUCAAACUCCUGUUGAAAAAGUGCAAAGAUAUCGAUCACAGGAACGCCCAGGGGCACUCGGGGCUCCAGUACGCCGCCUCCAAGGGCUGGACCUCGAUCUGCGCCCUUCUGCUCGAAGAGGGGGCCGAUGUUAAUAUAGCAGACGAGAGGGGUAGCACUCCUUUGCACAGGGCCGCUUCGAAGGGGCUCGCGCAGGUGGUGGACUUGUUGUUGGGGCGCAAGGGGGCCCUGAGGGUUGAUAGUAAAGAUUUGUAUGGGAAUACUGCCUUGCAUUACGCUUGCGAAGAGGACAGACAGGAGGUGGCUGUGGCUUUGGUGAAGAACGGGGCUGACAUGGAGAUGAAGAAUAAAGAGGGAAGGACUUGUUUGGAUUUGUGCUCGCCUAGAUUAAACAGAGUAUUGAUUAGUACAAUUUCUAAAUAAGUUGUUAUAAGACAUGUGGUAUUUUUAAGUAAUACUUAUUAAUGAUGAUUAAUAUA